UCUUCACUCUUCCCUUUUCUUUUCUUUUUUUCACGAGCGGCAGCCACACCAAAGGAGAACCAAGGUUCCACCGGCCAGCCACCACGACGGUGGCCUCCUCACCCCAACUCCGUCGAAAACGGCCGAAACUCUGCAAUUCUCACGAGUGGUGUUUCGAUUCUUUAUAAGAAACAAGUGGAUCUCCUUCUUGAUGAUUUAACGUCGAGCCUUACUUUUUUAUAACUUCGGUAUUUUUUUAUACGUUUUACUAGGGUUUUAAUGCUCCUCUGUUUUGUCUUGACAGAGGAUGUUACUCGGCUUGAGGUAAUUUCCUUUCCUUUUUGUUUUAAUGUUAUUCAAUUGUAUUGAUAUUUCAAAAAAGGAACGAGAAAAACAAUCUCGCUUGUGGUUUUUGUUUUUGAGGUUGAAUUUCGUAACGCAUGGGAGAAGGUAGGGAAAGAUCAAAAUCUACUCCGGAAAAGAAAAUCCAGGUAAAAUCUCUUUUAUAUAUGUGCCAUUUCAUCUUUAAAAAUAAAUAAAAUGAAGAAACCUCCAUGGGGUUCACUAAUGCUGGAGAACCUGAAGAAGAAAUCUCUACGGGGUCUAAUCUGGUAAGUGAUCAAAACGAAUUUGCCAUAAUGCGUGCUUUACUCUGCCAUGUGGUUUGCCCAGUUUGUUAUAUGGUGGUGGUUAUUCUAUUUGAAAUGAAUUCACUGCUGUUUUCUUUUGAAAUGAAGUGGAAAAUUGGCUGUUAAGAUCAUCAAUUCGAAGAUAAACUAUUAAUUGUUAACGGGUGUUCAUAAUUAAAGCUGGUAUUAAAAUUCGUUUGAAAUUCUAUUUUGGAAAUUAAUCUUUUAUCCCCUUUAUUGAUGUACAGCAGCAUGACCAAGUUGAUGUACACUACAUUACCAUUGAUCUCCAAGAUGAUAAUAUUGCCAAUGACCCACAUUAAGCUGAUAAAAAACGACAUCACCUUAUUUGAUACGUAUCAGCCUAAUAUCGAUACUCUUGGUCGCUUCGAAAGGUAACUUUACAAGUAAACUUCACUUAGAUGAGCAUGAGCAUAUUGAGAUGCCGCCUACUCGUAUUCCUUCCCCAUCCCGGCAAGUCGAGCCUCAAAGAGGUUAGAGUCCUAUAAUAGCUUUACAUAUUCAGUCACUCGAGUUUUGUAAGCGUUUAGUUCUUUAUAUUCUACAGGAAAUAAUUUGAGAAAUAUGAAAAAGAUAAUGAAGCUUUCUGAGCAUUUUUCUGAGCAUUUUUCAUAUUAACCCAAUGUAAGCGGAAAAAAAAAGAAACUAUGAACGAGAAUGAGCUUGAUAUUCAUGUUAAUUUCCUACAUCCGGAGGAAGCUAAGAGCAGUUUCAAGAGAACAAAUUAGGUGACGAUGGAACACAAGUAAACUUCAAUUUAGAUGAGCAGAUUGAUAUGUCAUCUGCUCGUAUUCCUUCCCCAACCCAACAAAUUGAGCCUCAAAGAGGUUAGAGUCCUAUAAUAGCUUUACAUAAUCAGUCAUUAAAGUUUUGUAAGCGUUGGUUUUUUUUAUAUUCUUCAGGAAAUAUCAUUAUGGAUGAAAUGAGAGUUGGCUUUUCUAAAAAAGUUCACAAGUCCUGGCUUAAUGAUUCUUCAGCUUUAACUCGAACUCGAAAGAACUCUGUACGCCUUAAAUAUUUUCUUGUCUUUUUCAUAUUGAUCAUGAUAAUGGUGUAUGAUUAUGUUACAGGCCCAAAUUUUGCUGGCGGCCGCAAGAGUUAUAUCUUCUUCGAAGAUAAAAAGGCACAUGAAACUCUCAUCUAUUAUGCAAUUUGAAAGAAACAGAGAAGCGCCAAAACUAUUUUGGAUAUGUGGAAACAAUGCAAACAACCUCACAAUAUCUUACCUUCUGGUUAGAAUUUAAUAAUUCUUGUUUUUCUACGUUCUUGAGUAAAUAAUGCAAGUUAAUUCAUCCUAUAAGUUUGCAGUCAGAAACUUACCACCGCAACCACAAUCUCCUGAUUAUCAAACGAAUCAUAUAAGUCUCGCAAUUCUUCCUGAGUUUGCUACCUCGAAAUGCAUAUGUAUGCACUAUGUAUGACUGACUUUGAAACGUGAAGUCUUUCGAAGAUCUUCACAGUGAAGUUAGUUCCCCAUCUCAUGCUGCUGCAAUUGACUUACAGCAAAAUUGAGAAAAUUGAAAUUAGUCAAGUUGUGCAGUCAGGAAAUGGUGGUAAGAAAAUCCUCUCGUUUACAAGUUUUCUCUCUUCGGUUUGGAGACUUAAUGUGGUAUCAAUUAAGCUUCAAAUACAUUUUGGAGACGAUAGUGAUUUGGACACAUAGCAUCCCACGAUACCGAAUGAGAUUGUCAACUCUUGAAUCUUUAUUCACAUCGGAUGUUUUUCGUCCGUCGAAUGUUUGUUUUGUUAGUAUUGUUAAUGUGAUAAAACAAUUACAGUGACUGUUAUGGACAAAAUAGAAACUGACCACUUAUUUACCUGGACCUGUUGCACAGAGCACUUCAGGCAAUAUGUCCAAAUCACUAUCGUCUCCUGCAAAAUGUAUGUGAAGCUUAAUUGAUACCACAUUAAGUCUCCAAACCGAAGAGACAAAACAUGUAAAAGAGAUGAUUUUCUUACCACCAUUUUUUAAUUGCACAAUUUGAUUAAUUUCAGUUUUCUUAUUUUUGCUAUAAGUCAAUUGCAGCAGCAUGUGAUGGGAAACCGACUCCACUAUGAAGAUCUUCGAAAGGAUUCACGUUCCAAAGUCAAUCAUACAUAUGCAUUUCGAGAUAGCAAACUCAGGAAGAAUUGCGAGAUUUACAUGAUCCGUUUGAUAAUCAAGAGGUUGUGGUAAAGUUCUGAUUGCACACAUAUAUGAUGAAUUAACUUGUAUUAUUUACUCAAAAACGUAGAAAAGUAAUAAUUAUUAAAUUCUAACCUGAAGGUAAGAUAUUGUGAGGUUGACUGCAUUGCUUCCACAUAUCCAGAAAUGAUUUUGGUACUUCUCUGUUUCCUUCAAAUAGAUGAGAGUUUUAUGAGCCUUUUUAUCUUCGAAGAAAACAUAACUCUUGCGGCCGCUAGCAAAAUUUGGGCCUGCAACAUAAUCAUACACCAUUAUCAUGCUCAAUAUGAAGAAGACAAGAAAAUAUUCAAGGCGUACAGAGUUAUUUCGAGUUCGAGUUAAAGUUGAAGAAUCAUUAAGCCAGGACUUGUGAACUUUGUUAGAAAUAACAACUCUCCUCUCAUCCAUAUUAAUAUUUUCUGAAGAAUAUAAAAACUAAACGCUUACAAAACUUCAAUGGCUGAAUAUGUAAAGCUAUUACUAACCUCUUUGAGGCUCAACUUGCCGGGCUGAGGAAGGAAUACUAGCAGGUGACAUCUCAAUCUGCUCAUCUAAAUUGAAGUUUGCUUGUGUUCCAUCGUCACCUAAUUCGUUCUCUUGAAUCUGCUCUUGUCUUCCUCAUGUUGUAGGAAAUUAGUAUGAACAUCAAACUCAUUCUCGUUCAUUUUUUUCGCUUACAUUGGGUUAAUAUGUAAAAUGCUCAAAAAACUUAAACCGAAAGCUUCAUUAUCUUUUCCAUAUUUCUUUAAGAAUAUAAAAAACUAAACGCUUACAAAACUCGAGUGGUUAAAUAUGUAAAGCUAUUAUAGGAACCUCUUUGAGACUCAACUUGACGGACUGGAGAAGGAAUACGAGUAGGUGGCAAUUGACAUCUCAAUAUGCUCAUCUAAAGUGAAGUUUACUUGUGUUCCCUCGUCAUCUUCAAAUCUGUCGUGGUUGUUAGACAUAUUAAGCAAUUAUUCAGUCCACAGACGCUCUAAUGUGUCAUUACCUAAAACCUUUACCAGCAAUGCAUGGAACCAAGCUUAUAAAAGUUACCUUUUGAAACGACCAAGAGUGUCGGUAUUAGGCUGAUGCGUAUCAGGUAAGGUUAGUAUCGGUAUUAGGCUUACGUAGCCAGAUGCCAAGCUAAGAGAAACAGAACAUAAAAUCACGUUAUGCCUCCAGUUCAAAACUAUUUUCUAAUCUAUGGUCGGUAGCAUAAUAAAUUACUUGGGCAGCCAGAUGCCAAACUAAGAGAAACAUAACAUAAAAGCACGAUACACCCCGGAAUUCGGAAUGUUAUUUUUUCAGAUACUAUCCAUAUAGCUAAUGCGAACAGAACAUUUGAACAAAUGUGCAAGACAAAUCCUAAUGCCUCAAAAAAGUACCCAACAGAGAUAAAGCUGCAAACUAAAACUUUACAAGGAAACGACGAAAGAAAAUUUCACACAAACCGAUAAUUAAUACCGCAAACAUCCACUAAGUGAGGGUAUAUCAAUUUAAGAGAACCCAUCUCUACAAUCAUAGAUCGAACAUAACAUAAAAAAGUGAAGCUAUAUGAAGCAUAAACAAGUAAACUUGUACCAAAUUGUUCUAUUAUAAGAACUACCAUUUAGCUACAGAUUUGCAGAAACAAACAAGGAUAUGACAAUGCAACUAUGUUCAUAGAACAAAAAAGAUCACUAAUGACAAAAUAUGCAAACUGACAACAUAAAGAAGCCAAGCCAAAAUGGUCAAAAUGCUCAAGAAUCAAACAAAAGUACUGCCAUUUCAGAAGAUAAACUUCCAAAAACACCAAUUACCUAGAUUCAAAUUCCAUGAUCUCCAAAAGUUUGUUCCCAUUUCUAUGAUUCUAUCAUUCCAUUGGACUUUUCGCUUAAUAUUAUCAGAUUUUCUUGACUUCUCACCUCUUUUAGGCACCAACAAAGUAGUUGACUCACUGCAAUCUUCUUCAUCGGUUCUACAGAAUCUAUGGCACGUAAGUUGUUUUGCGUUCAUUAGCAUCCUUCACAUCAUUAUGGACAUCAUCCAUUGACAAUUCCACUAAAAUAAAACUUCGAAAUCAAUUGAUAACUUGGAUUAAAGAAAUGAGUCCUUUAUAAUAAAUUAUAAAGCCCCUCAGUCUUCUAGGUGAAAAAGAACAAGACUCUCAUUAACUCAAAACUCAAAGAAAACCUUUGCAAAAAGAAAGACAGAUUUCUGUUAAAGAUUGCGUUUUUAUAAAAUCCCCAGCUACCCAGAAAGCAAAAGGAGAUGAAUGAUCAAACCCUAACCCAAAAUUCAUGAAUUAUCAAACCCUAACCCAAAAUUCAUGAAUUAUCUGAUUCUGGGUUUUUCAAAUGGGUGGAAAGUGGAAUCCUUCAAUCUGAUAAAACCAAGAAUCAAGUCAACCCUUUGUUUUUGACACCAUAAGAUGCAAAUUCAAUUUCCAAGAGGGAAACUGGAAAAAGCAUGAAACUUGAGAGAAUCUCGAAGCAGGCAAAAAAAGAUCAAUGAGCUAAGAUUUUUAAUUUCCCGGGAAAGUGAUGGAAAAUAUGAGCUGCAAAAAAAUAACAAGGUUUGACCAGGAAUGAUAUACUGGGCGAGGUGUCAACGUUGGAGGAGAAGCCGAUGGAACUUUGAUGAUAACGGUGAGAUUGAAAAGGGAGAAACCUUUUUCUAAAGCUUCUAAAGUUACCUUUCAAAACGACCAUGAGUGUCGGUAUUAGGCUGAUACAUAUCAGUUAAAAUGAUGUCGUUUUUAUCAGCUGUAAAAAAGAAAAUCAGAUUGGUGUACUAAAACUGUCAAAUACUGUAAAAGUUGAGGGAUGAAAGAAAACCUUGAUUGUGGUCAUUGGCAAAAUUAUCCUCCUCGAGAUCGAUGGUAAGGUAGUGUUCAUCUACUUAGUCAAAUUGUAGUAUAUCAAUAAAAGGGACAAAAGAUUAGUUUCCGAAGUAGAAUUGCAAAGUAAUUUUAAUACCAACUGCUUUGUAUAGAAAAGUUUUCUUCCUUUGCAAUCUAAUUAAAGAUAUGAACACCAGUUAAUAGGUAACGGUUUAUCUUCUUCGAGGUUGAAAUAAGGAACGCAUCGAAGGUAACAAAUGAUCCAACUCUACUCCGGAAAAAAAUCCAAGGCCAAGAGAAGAGCCAUUACUCUACCCGAAAUCGAAGAAGCCACCAUGGGAUUCACUAAUGCUGGAGAACUUGAAGAAGAAUUCUCUAUGGGGUUCAAAACCAUCUUAAUAUGCUGGAGGAAACCAAGAGCAGUUUCCAGAGAACGAGUUAGGUCAACAAGUGAAUAGAAACAAAGAAGCCAGAGAGGAUCGACGGAGGCAGGAGCCAGGAAAACAAAAAAACAAGAAAGCCUAAUGGAAUUAUUAUGGAUGAGGAGCAAACUGUUGGUUUCUAAUUAUGUUUACCAUUCCUGGCUUGAGGAAACUUCAGAUAUAACUCCAAAAAAGAAAAAGGGUUGUCAUUUGUUCCGUUGGAUGAUAUGUUUGUGAAAGGAAACGGAGAAGUCCCUUACAAUGAUCAACCAUUACCAUGAACCACAAUGAUGUAGGGAAGUUAAUUCAUCCUAUACCUGUGCAGUGAGAACCUUACCACGGCAACCACAACCUCAUGAACCAUCUUGUAAAGAGAGUACAUUCUGAUUAUCAAACGGUUUAUCCUUUCGAUGUUCCUACUAAAGAGUUGCAGCGAAUGAAGAGAACUUAAAUGACACCGGUGGAGAUUAAUCAAAUGGUCCGGUCAGGAAAUUGUGCAGACGCAGUAAGAUCCAGAGGUAGCUCAGUAUCCGGAGACGGAACCUCCUUAGGUAGCUUAGAAGUAAAUACAGAAAGGGUUGGGUCCAAGAAGAAGAAUGUGCGAUCGACAUCGAGAAACGAUAGUGGUAUGGACACGGUGCAUGAGCAUGAAGCGUUCUGUGAAGCAGAUGCUGAUUACAAGUUAACAAGGCCGGGAAGGAAUAACUGGGCAGCUGAUCCAGAUUUCAUAGUGGUAACUCAACUUGCAAGGGAAACUCCUGCAGAUAAUCCUGCUCCCGAGAUAAUGACUGAGAACAUCAAGACGUAUAUGAAAAUACAUUUUGAAAAGCUAGGAGCUCCUAAAGUAGAAUCGCUAAAGAACUUGGCAGCAGGGUUAAGCAGAAAAGGAGCAGCUCUGCUCUUCUAUUGGACAUGUGUUCAUGCUUCUGAAGGUUGCUUGAAAGUGAAACAAGAGGUGCCGUUUGGAAACAUUAUCUUAAUUACCAACAAGAGUGAAGAAAGGGCCAUGGGCAGGGAAUGAACGAUUAAACAAGAGUGAUACAAUCUUGUUUGUACACUUUUUAAGGUAUUUGUGUUUGUUUCAUUUACCAUUCGUGAACAAAUUCGUUUAACGUUCGUGAACAUAUUUGUUUAUAUAUUUGUGAACACAUUUGUUUAAUAUUCUCGAACAUAUUCAUUUACAUGUUAAAAAAAUGAUGAAAUUAUGCCA